AUGACUUCCACGUUUCCUCCAGUUGCCAUUAAUGGAGGACUGAUUGAGGGCAAGACAAGUGACGUGGAUGCCUCCAUCGCCCUCUACCUCGGGAUUCCUUAUGCCGCUCCGCCCACCGGGCCCCGUCGUUUCCAGCCUCCACAGCCUGUAAUUCCAUGGGAAGGUGUCAAGCAAUGCCAUCAGAUCGGACCCAUUUGUCCACAGGCACCCCCUGACCCCCGCUGGAUUAAUGUUCUCCAAGGUCAUCCGCAGUCCGAGGAUUGUCUCUAUCUUAACGUAUUCCAGCCCGGUGAAGCGCAUGAGAAGCCGUAUCCUGUAUUUGUCUGGUUCCAUGGUGGUGGCUUUCGAGAGGGUGGCAGCGCCGAUCCCAAUUUCGAUGGCACGGGCCUCGCAAAGAAGGGCGUUAUUGUUGUUGUCCCUUCCUUUCGACUUUCCAUCUUCGGCUAUUACGCCCAUCCGGAAUUAAGCGCGGAGUCCCCGUCAGGCACUUCCGGAAUGAUGGGAAUGCUUGAUGCCAUCGAGGUGCUUCGCUGGGUGCAGUCCAAUAUUGCGGCCUUUGGGGGGAAUCCAAACCAAGUGACGAUAGGAGGACAGUCGGCAGGUAAUGCCAUGUGUCACACCCUGCUUGUGUCGCCCCUGACGAAAAGUCUCCUUCAUGGUGUCAUCUUGCAGUCCGGACCUCGGUCAUUCCAGGAGCCCGCCGUGGCUAAUGGCCCCAUGUCGUAUCGUACCCUACAGCAGGCAGAGGAGGAUGGCGUGCACCUCCUCAAAGAGCUGGGGUUGCAGUCAAUCGAAGAGCUCCGGGAGUUCAAUGACAUAGACAAGCUGUGCGAGUUGUCCACCCGAAGAGAUCCUCGCUGCUGGGGUCCCCCGCCACUGUUUCGGUUGACCCUCGAUGGAUAUGUCAUCCCAAAGCCCUGGCACCAGAUCUUCGCAGAGGGUCCGGCUAAUGACGUUCCAGUCUUAGCUGGCAUGAACAGUGAAGAAGGAGGCACAUACAACGAGCCUCGCUUCACGUACGAGGACUUCCUUGAAUGUGUGGAGAGUCGUCUUGGGCCGCAUUCGACAUACGGUCAAGGUGACUCGAAGUGGGUAAAGCUAUUCCAUCAACUCUACAAGCCCACAGAUCAUGAAACAGGGAAGGGUCCUCUGGACGCAUGGAACAGUGCUGCUCGAGAUAACACGCGCAACAAUAUCACGCUCUGGGCCCAGGAGUAUCAUCAGAAAACGGCCUCGUCCGUGUACGGGUACUACUUCACCCAUCCCAUCCCCCCUUGGAACAACUGGCAGCCUGAUUACUCGCAGCCAAAGGUUCCUGGAUUCACAAACCAGAAAGGUCCUGUUACCGGGGCUUACCAUGGUGCGGAAUUUGCUUAUACAUUCAACAGCCUCAUUACCAAUAACCUCCGGCCCUGGAGUAAUACCGAUCGCAUCGUUGGCGAUAAAGUGUCCUCGCUUUGGGCCAAUUUCAUCAAACAUGGCAAUCCCAACGGCCGUCCAGGGGAGAAUGAGAGUCCGGAAGGGGUUGCUUCCUGGCCAAACCUGAUUGAACACCCCCACACUUUGUUGGAGCUAGGUGGGGAGUGGCAGACAAUACGAACCACGGAACCGGAAAAGGAGCAGUUCUGGACAAGCUAUGUUAGAUCCCAGAAGCCUUGGUAG